UAGUAGUAGUAGUAGUAGUAGUAGUAGUAGUAGUAGUAGUAGUAAUAGAAUUAGUAGUAGUAGUAGAAGUGGUAACAGUAAUAGUAGUGGUAGUUGUUGUUUUUGUUUCCGUUUGAGUAAUGUGUAAUCCCGUUUGACUUUUUUUUCAUCUUAAUACGUAAUGACACUGACAGGCUUCUCUACUAUUUCAAGGUGUUGUGAAAUAUUUUCAAUAGUUUAUUUUGUGUCAGUCUUCUCUUAAUUCGAGCGGCACAAGCUUUGUAUUUCAGAUUUAAAAAGUGGUACAAUUGUAAUGGAAUUCACGCCGAGGAUUAACAUUGGACGCCGAAGCAGAAACACUAGUGCUGCCUUGAAAAAGCUUUUGAGUAAAUCUCUGUUUGUAGGCAAAAGUACACCCUGGAAAGGUUCGGUUACAGUCGUUCCAAUAGAUUCAGUCGUUCCAAUAGAUAACUUCAACUUUAACUGCAUUCCUGUUUUCAAAAUUCACUUAAGUAAAGGAUUUCGCAACAAAAAUACUAAAACUACCAGAAUGGAAACAUCAAAGAUUUUAGAUGGUUUAUAUGUUUUGGGUACCAAAUGUGGCCUAGACGUUCUCCCACUGUUGUACGCCAGCAAAACAAAAACGUAUGCAGUGUUCUCUCCGUCUUCGUUUUGGAAAACCCUACAUUUCACAGAGGACCAACAUCUGACAGAAACGUUUUUAGCAUACAAAAAUGAGAAUCGGCAAUGCUUCUACUGUUCAGAUGCGGACUUCAGUUCGUUUGAGAAACACAUUCGUACUAAUAAAAUCCCUUUAAUCAGGUUUGAUGAUAUAGCCCAGACUCAUGUAACAAUUGGUUUUGAAGAAAGUCAGCGGAAUGAAUUCAUUUUUCCCGGCUCUGAAACAUUUAAUCAGCCUGCUUACGAUGAAAGUACAGAAAGAUUUCCCAUCCAAGUCACUGAUGACGAGGAGACUGAAAUCCCUUCACAGCAACACACUGAUCGAAGUGGACAAAUGCAAUCUAACACAAGACAAGAGCAACAAAAUAGCAAAAAAUGGGAGACAGCCAAAUAUCCAGAUUACGAGGAUUUUAAAUACAGAUUGGAAUCAUUCCGCGGAUGGCCAUUGACUGAACCAAGCCCGAGAACACUAUGUGAGGCUGGAUUCUUUUUCACCGGUCACAGUUACGACCUCGUGCGGUGUUUCUGCUGUGGAAUCGAUCUAAAAGACUUCUCUGACACGGACAAUCCAUUGCUGGAGCACGCGAAACAUUCCGAAAAUUGUUCGUUCCUGCUGGACCACUUAGGAAGUCGGGAGGCCGUAGAAAGAUAUAAGCAAAGGUUCGUUACUCAGGAUCCUGAAGAGAUCAGGCGAAGGCAACGUGACCAGUUCCAAAGGCAACAAGGUCGAGCAGCCGCAAACUACAGAGCAAAGCACGAGAGGUUCCGAACGCUUAAAUCUCGCAUGGAUACUUUUAUAAAUUGGCCUCAACAUUUGUCCCAGAGACCACAACAGCUGGCCGAGGCAGGGAUGUACUUCACAGGUGUUGAUGAUCAUUGUCGUUGUUUCGCGUGUGACGGCGGCUUGAGAAAAUGGGAACCAGGAGAUGAUCCUUGGAUAGAACACUGUCGGUGGUUUCCGGCUUGUCCUUUCGCAAGAGAAAUCAAGGGCGAUGGAUUUAUCAACCUCGUCCAACUUUCUGCCGAUCAUGUCUUGGAAGAAAAUGGAUCAAAUUCUCAAGACGAAGCGAGUUGUGCUAUGGCUGCUUUAACUAUUGAUGAUGCAAAGAUUCAAAAGAUAGUGGAACAAAAUAAAGACGCUCUAGUUCAGGACAUGGGUUUUUCUAUUGUCGAUGUAAAAACCGCCAUUUUUGAACAAGGCAACCCUAACCCAGAUAUUAAUGAUAUCGUUAUUCGACUGGAGGUACUGAAUGAUAGAAGGCAGGUCGAAGAAAACUUAAAGCAAACACAUGCACCACCAGAUUCGGGAGGUCCAUUUCCAACAGAACGAUUACUGGAAGAAAACCAACGAUUGAAGAACAUGCUUUUGUGCCAUUUAUGCUACAACAACUCAGUGAACGCCUUGUUUCUACCUUGCACACAUCACAAAUACUGCAUGGAAUGCACAGAACACAUCGAUAGAUGUCCACACUGUAACAGAUCAAUAAAAGAAAGGAUUCGAACAUAUAUGACAUGAACCUUUAUCUCUUAUUAUGAAUACUGAAUAUAUUAAGAGAGCUUUUGUGGCAUCAAAAAACCGUAGCUGUUUUUUUUAAAUAGUGAAGCAAUAUCAAUUCAAAUAGUUUGCGUAGUGUAAAAGAAAACCUAACACUUUUUUAUAAUUAAACGAUUAUUAGACAUAUAUACAAGAACGCUAUGUGUAACAUGAUUGUAUAAGCAUUUUUCACGUAUGUAUUACUUUAUUAGACGAACACAAACGCUUUCAAUGGAACAGCCAAAUGCGUCCCACCCCUCCAGGGUAUUGCCUUGAACCGAAAGUAUGAUAUUGACCUUCAAAGUUGGGGACAAGAGACACUUUUUAAUAUUGUAUUAAAAUGUUUGUUAAUGAUUAUUAAAAAGUUUAUAAUCAAAUCAAUGUUAUACAGCUAUGUGUUGGUACAAUAUAUUUUUACACGAACAAUUCCAAACAUAAUGAUGAGAGAAGU